AUGGCUGAACGCGUGGAGACCUACCUGGCUAAAAACAAGAAGUCGGCCAAAGGCGAUGUUGCAGAUAUUUGGUUGAAAUUCGAGCAACUUUAUUCUAGAAAGUUCAUCUCCGAAUUCGAACACCGUAUAAACGCACUUCAACUCGUUGAAAUCGUUUUGCCUAUAGCUAAAUAUAUUUUUAAUCAAAACAAAGAAGCUGCUUACGAUUUUCUCGCCAAAAUUGAGAAAACCGUUAGUAAGGACAAGGUGGCUCUUGCUCGUAUUCAUGCUGGUCAAAUUGAACUCAGGCUUAACCACAAAGAUGAGGGUGAACGUUUGGUGGACAUUAAAAAAGUUAGGGAUCUCAUUGAGUUAACUCGUGGUGAAAUUGACAGUUUUGUUGGGGUUACAGAGGCUCAUGCGCCAUUCUACAAGGUUAGUGCCAUGUAUCUCAAAGAAAUUGGGGAUUUUGCCGGGUACUAUCGUGAAGCGCUCCGUUAUCUUGGAGUUGAAGACAUCGGCAAAAUGACUGCAGAGGAAAAGCAUGUGCAAGCCGUAUUGAUAGGGUUUGCGGCAUUGCUUGGCGAGAAUGUUUACAACUUUGGAGAAUUGCUGGCUCACCCAAUUUUGAAAGUCCUUGAUGGCUCAAGUGAGAAAUGGCUGGCUGACGUGUUAUAUGCGUUCAACAGUGGUGAUCUCAACAAAUUUUAUGCACUGGAAAAGAAUUGGUUAGAAUGGGACGACCUUAAAAGGAAGAAAGAGUUCCUCGUUGGCAAAAUUCGUCUGCUCGCUAUCAUGGAGUUGGCUCUUGCUCGUCCAUCGAAAGAACGUAAAAUUUCAUUCAAAGAAAUUGCAUCGAGAUGUCAAGUACAUAAUAACGAAGUGGAGUUCCUUGUGAUGAAGGCCUUGAGCAAAGACCUAGUACGAGGAGCAAUUGAUCAAGUCAAUCAGACUGUAAUAAUUACAUGGGUGCAACCACGAGUGCUGAACUCGACACAAGUAUUAUCGAUGGCGAAUCGUAUUGAAGCAUGGAGUAAAGAUGUUAUAGCAAUGGAGAAUAUCGUUAAUGAAAAUGCUCGUGAAAUACUAACUAAAUCAUAA